AUGGUCAAGAAAUUUACACAACAAGAGGCCCUAGCAAUUUUUGUAGAAGGCCACUUCACCAGAAAACAGUGGGAAGUAAUACAAAGUGCUAGCAAGAACAUAUACCCCUGCUACUCCAUAAUAAAAGACGCAAAAAAAGAAUGUUACCCAGACAAAGAAUCGACAAUAGUGACCGAAACCUGCUCUGAAGUUGAACUUCAAGCUCUACUUGACCAUACUGCAUCGCGUCUCUAUAAAUAUGUCACAGAAGUAGUAAAUACGUGUUCAGAGGAAGAAAAACAAAAUAUGGUUUUGAUAUCAAAAUGGGGUUGUGACGGGUCGCAACAGACACAGUUUAAGCGAAAAUUUCAAAAUAGCAAUGACGAUGCAAAUAUUUUUCAAAGCUCACUUGUUCCCAUUCGAUUAGUAGUAAUAAUUGAUGGAGAACAAAAGAAAAUUAUAUGGCAAAACCCAGUCCCUUCGUCAACUAGAUUUUGGAGACCUAUGCGUAUACGUUUCAUCGCUGAAUCUAAAGAUGUAACUAAAGACGAAAUAAGAUACUUUGAAAACCGAAUCAAGUCCCUUACUAAAACAGAGGUGUCUACUCUUAAUGGAACAUACAAAUGA